AUGUCGUCGGGGACACUUUACAUCAGAGACUCGCGCACCAGCGCCGAGUAUGUAAUCCCAGUUAGGCGAAAUGCAGUCUCAGCGAUGGACUUCAAGAGGAUCAAAGCCCCAGCCGCUGGCGCAGAUCGAGCCGAUCAAGUUGCCAGUGGACUACGCGUGCACGACCCCGGGUUGCAGAAUACUACCGUGGUGGAAACAAGCAUAAGUUUUUCCGAUCAUGAGAAGGGACUCCUUUUGUUCCGUGGGUAUACUUUGGAGCAGCUUUGGGACAGCGAUUUCGAGGAUAUGCUGCACCUUCUCGUCUGGGGGAGUUAUCCUACGGCCUCGCAGAAGAAGGAAUUGAGCCGGAAGCUUGCUGAGGAAAUGGCUAUGGUUCCCAAAAGCGUGCACAGGACCAUAGCAACACUGCCGAGGACUACCUCACCCCUGCCUCUCAUGCUAGUCGGACUUUCAGCGUGUCUAGCAUACGUCCCAGAGAGUAUUCCUGCAUCGACGAAGCCCGAUCUAUAUCAAAGCAAUAGCAGAGAGGUCGACCGCGCAAUCAUUCGAACCGUUGCAGCAUACGCGGUCGUGUUCGGGUUGGUAAGCUGCCAUCGAAGAGGGAUCCCGUUUGCACAACCAUCUCGCGACAAGCCUUUCCUCGAGAAUCUGUUCCAGACAGCAGGUCUGGUAGAUCCAACCACCGGACGUCCAGAUCCAACAAAGCUAUCAUGUUUCCGGCGCUUUGCCAUGCUCAACGCGGACCAUGGCAUGGCUCUAUCUGUAUUUUCAGCACUGGUCACAGCAUCAUCUCUCACAGACCCUAUGUCAUGUGUGAUAACAGCAAUAGGGGCAGCGUUCGGCCCACUUCAUUUCGGUGCUACCGAGUCAGCCAACCUCGCGCUGCGGGAGAUUGGAACGCCAGAGAAGGUCCCCAACUUCAUCGAAGAAGUGAAGCAGGGCAAACGAAGACUCUUCGGAUACGGACAUCGCUCGUACAAGGGAGUGGACCCCAGAGUUGCUCCAAUAAGGUCUAUUCUCAAGGAUUUGGAUACCUCCUCGAACAGUCUCCUAAAAGUCGCCGAACGGAUAGAGCAGGUUGCCUCGGCAGACGAAUAUUUCAAGAGCAGAGGGCUCUACCCCAAUGCUGACUUCUACGGGAACUUUGUCUUCACAGGGAUAGGGUUCGAACCAGAUAUGAUCCCGGCCGCCAUGAUGGCUCAGCGUAUCAUGGGCGUAAUGGCACACUGGCGGGAGUAUAUGUGGCAGUCAAGUAUCUCUCAACCACCAGCCACUGAAUCGACGCCGCUCCUUUCCUCUCACCCAAAUUCACAGCGGUAUUCAGUCUUCACCAAUGGACAGAAACGCCUCAUCAUCCUUGCAGCUGCUCUGGCCUCGAGCUUUUCUCCUUUCUCGGCCAACAUCUACUAUCCCUCUCUCAAUUCCAUUGCAGCAGAUCUACAUGUCACCAGUUCUCAGAUCAACUUGACCAUCACUACGUACAUGGUAUUCCUCCGGCCAUUGAGUUUUGCGUCCUUUCAAGUAAUAGUCACUCAUUGGAGGCAGAUAUGUCAAGGCCUUGCCCCCUCCUUCAUGGGCUCCUUCGCGGAUCAAGCCGGCCGACGCCCAGCAUACAUCCUCUGCUUCGCCAUCUACAUUAUCGGCAACAUUGCCCUCGCGCUCCAACACAACUACGUCGCUCUUCUAAUCCUCCGUGCCGUACAGAGCUGUGGAAGUAGCGGGACUGUCGCACUCGCGUCUGCCGUGGCAGCGGACGUCAUCAUAUCCGCCGAGCGAGGCAUGUACAUGGGUAUCACCUCGCUGGGCAACAUCCUAGCUCCAUCCCUUGGCCCAAUUCUAGGCGGUUUCCUGAGUCAGUACUUCGGCUGGCAGGCUAUAUUCUGGUUUCUUUUCCUCGCCGCGAUAACCUUCUUCAUACCGCUCUUCCUCUUCUUCCCAGAGACUUGUCGCGCCAUUGUCGGUGACGGGUCAAUUCCAGCUACAGGAUGGAAUCAAUCAGUCUGGAACCGGUGGCACAAACAACAUGCUACUACUACCUCCAACUGUGACGUCGAAGGCUCCCCAGACACCUGCCGCGAGGUCCAUCCAGCGCCUCAAAAAAGAAGUAUCACCUUCCCAAAUCCCCUGUCCACACUCCGCCUCCUCUUCCAACUCCCAACAGGCCCCCUCGUCCUCGCCAACGGCAUAGUCUUCGCAAGCUACUACUCCGUCACAGCCGGCAUCCCCUCCCAAUUCAAAGCAAUCUACGGGCUAAGCGAUCUAGGCAUCGGCCUCAGCUUCAUCCCAGCGGGCCUCGGCUCCCUCGUCAGCGCAACCUUCAACGGCCUAAUUGUCGACUGGAACUACAUCCGCCUCCGCCGCAAAACCGGCGAACCCAUCUCCAAAGACCAGAAGCAAGACCACGGCGCAUUUCCUAUCGAGAGGGCACGGUUGCAGAUCGGGCUUCCUAUGACGUUCGCAGCGGCACUUUCAGUCGCCUGGUACGGCGCGCUGAUCGAAAGCAAACCAGCGCUGAGCGUCGCCCUGGUCCUCGUGUUCCUCAUCUCGUUCUGCAUCACGGCCGCAUACAACGUGAUGAACGUCCUCAUCGUGGAUCUGUACUACACCACGCCGGCCACCGCUAUGGCGGCCAAUAACCUCGUGCGAUGCUUCCUGGGCGCAGCCGCAACGGCCGUCAUCCAUCCUAUGAUCCAGAAAUGGGGGAAUCAGACUACGUACUGGGCUGUGGCGGGGGCGAUGUUGAGUCUUGCGUUCCCUAUGAAGGCAAUUAUCCCAUCUGUCCUAUUCACAGCCCUAUCUUCCGCACACUGGGCUCUGCUUCCGGGAACUCCCACUCUGCAGAUGCGAUACCCCUCGACCCCAUGGAUUUCGCCAGGCGAUACCAUCAAACAACCAGAUGCCCUCCCGAUACCCUGUAUCAGCACUCUGAACCUCAACGCCGCGCGCACCUACCUCCUGCUCUUCGUCGACAUCGACGUGGUUUUGGAAUCGUGCUCGACUACAGUCUUGCAUUGGUACCAGCCACACAUGAGGGCAUCUGCGACCAGUCGCUGCAACGACAAUAAGAAAGGCUGGCUAGUCAACAGAACUUCCACAGGAGCAGAAUACAUCGCUCCCCAGUCGCCACCGUACACACGCCAUCGAUAUGUCUAUCUUCUCUACGAGCAGGAUCCCAACUAUGUGUUUCCAGAAUGUUUUGGGCAUAUUUUCCCCAAGACCAGAGAGGGACGAGGCGGGUUUGAUAUCAAACAGUUCGUUGAAGUUGCUGGACUCAGAGCGCCGGUGGCAGGGAAUUUCUUCUACGUCGACAACGAUGCGGCACCGACGACAACGGCAUCAGGAGGAUUGGUGCCCACCACAACGUGGUUCAGAUCGGCACCAUGCAGGACCGAGGAACCGAAGAGCACGGGCUUCAUUCCCAUGGAGGCAGACUACGGGGUCGAUCAACAGCAGGUGGUCAUAUAA